AUGAGUACUGUCGAAGACAAAAUGGAUAUUAACAAAAACAAUGUGGACUUAUGUAAGUAUUAUAAGAAUAAUAGUACUAAUAAUAAUAAUGCUUUAAAAUAUGAUGAUUAUUUUUUUAGAGAUUUUAAAAAAAUAUUUUUAAAUUAUUGUAUUAAAGAGGAUAAUUAUUGUAAAAUAUUACUUAAUGAUGAAAGUAACUUACAAUAUGUUAAAUGGAUGAUCGAUUUAAUGAAUUUCGAUAAAUAUAAAAAAGAAAUAUCACUUCAAGUUUUAUUGGACAUUCAAAAGAUAUGUAACAGCAUAUGCUUAUUUUUUGUUAAAAUAUAUAUUCAUAUUUAUAUAUAUUUAUAUGCUUUAUGCAGAUUAUAUUUAUCUGCAUUUUGUAUUAUAUUAAAAUAUCUCAUUAAAAAAUAUAAAUACAUAAUUUUAAAUAAAAUAGAGGAUAUAAAUAAAAUUAAAAAAUUAUCAAAUAUAAAGAAGGUAAAGGACAUUGCCAAAAAUACGUCCAAUGGAAUAUUAAUUCAUGUAACAAAAUGCUCUUACUAUGAUUGGUAUAAAAUCGAGACUAGCAAUCAAUUCAAACAAAAUGGAAAAACACACUAUUACAGUAGUAUAAUAUAUCCAAAUCUGUAUACAGGAACACGUUUGAGUCCUACAAAUAAUUCUUAUUUUGUUUUAAAUAAAAAUAUUGAUAUUAAAAAUGAUAGCAAAAGAGUGUUAAUAUUAUUAAUGAGCCAUAUGAUGAAUUAUUGCCAAAUCGACUAUAUUGAGAAUGUUUAUGUAAUUAAUGAAAUUAACAAUAAAAACUAUUUUAAUAAAUAUGAACAAAUUAUUAAUAAUAAAAGGAAUAGUACAAUAAUAAUUAUGUCCAUAUCUAAGACAAAUAGAAAUUGGAUAAUAGUAGCUUAUAAUAUUAAUAAAAAGAAUUAUGUAUGUGUAAAAAAUAUUUGUGAAUUUAUAGAAAAACAAAAAAGAUGUUAUAAUACGCCAUCAGAUUAUAAAAUUAUGCAAGAGAAAACAUAUAUCAAUGAUAAUAAUAAAAAUGUUAACUUUAGUAAUAUUAAAUACUAUUUAAAGCUUGAUACAAAAAUUAAAAAAGAAAAAAAAAUCAAAAAUUCAAUUUUUGAUUUUAGGGAAAAUGAAAACCAAAGUAGUUAUGUUAUUUAUAAGAUUCCUAAUAAUUUAUAUAAAAAAAGUGAAAUCUCAAAAAUGUAUAAUAUACAAUGUAAUAUACUUUAUGUUUAUUAUUUUUUUGUCUCGUGCCAAAAAAAUAUAGUUAGUGAAAUAUUAUAUUAUUCCUCUUGUAAAAACUUAACAAAAGGAAUUUAUUAUGAAGAUUUUCAUUUUCUAUUUUUUCUUAUUAAAAAAUUGUGUAAUUUCAGAAAACCUUUGUUGAUUAUAUGCUUAAAUAAUUUUGAAGUAAUAAACCUUUUUAUUUCAGAUUCUAUUAAUGUUAUAUACUGUUGCCAAGCAUUUAUAAAAAAAUAUAUUCUGUCAAAAAAAUAUGAUAUUAUAAGUAAAAGAGAUGUAAUGAUUACAUAUUAUUAUAUACAUUUUAAUUUGUCAAAGGAACGAGAUAUUUAUUAUACACAAAUAAAUCACAUUUUACUAAGUAUGUUAAAUGGAUGGAUCAGUAAAAAAUGUGUUAUAAAAAUUUGCGCUGAAGGUUAUAUGAAAAUAUGUGCAGAGUGCUACAUCAUAAUAACUCUUUUGAAGUUUUAUGCAAAGUAUUUUUGCACAUUUAUAAAUAGUAAUUUUUAUUUUUCCGGUUUGUUAAAUUGCAAUUUUAAUUUUAUAAAUAUCUCUAAUGAUGAUAAUAUUAAUGAUAUUGUGAAUAAUAGUGACAAUAAUAAUAGCAUAAAUUUUCAUCGUUCUACAAAUUAUUCCAAAUCGAUUUUAAGAAAAAAACGAGGAAAAAAUAGACACCUGCACAAUUUACAAAAAUAUGUAUAUUUUAUAAUUUUUUACAAUAUUAUGUUAAAUGUGAAGAAUAAACCUAUUAAAAAAAUAAAUAUGUUAUUUUCAGAAAAAGACUCAUUAUAUAUUAUAAAAAAGUUAAAUAAUUAUGUGAAAAAAAAAAAUAUAUUUAUAUUAUAUUAUAUAUAUAAUAAUAUUGAUAUAUUUUUUAUAAGAGUUAAUUUCAAGUCAAAUAUACGAAGAAAUAUAUUUUUUAAAAUAAUAAUAAAAUAUAUUAAAAAUGUUGAAAAAUUAAAAAGAUAUGGUGAAAUUUGUUUUUUUAGUAAAAUUAUAAAUCUUAAAUUUAUUCAACAAAAGAAGGCCAUAAACACCUUUUUUUCCAUAUCAAAAAAAUGCUAUAAAUUUAAAUAUUACAGUAAUUUAACUAAAAAAAAGUAUAUAUAUAUAUAUUUUUUUUUGAUGUUAAAAUGUAAUGAAAAAUUAUAUUCAGAAUAUAAAAGCAUGAAUAUAAUACGUAAUGAAUUUAAAGAAGAAAAAUAUAUAGAAAAUAGUGAACAUUUUUUUAGUAACAUAUUUAUGAAAACAUGUGUUAAACAGUGUAAUAAUAAAGAAAACAAUGACGCUACCACGAAAAAGAGUGGAGCAGAUAAAAGAAACACAAAGGAUAGUAAUGAUACCGAAACGGGAAGUAAUGGAAAUAACGAUCAUAGUGGGAAUGAUGGUGAUAAUGGAAAUAACAGCGGUAAAGAUAAAAAUAGCAACAGCAACGGUGAUAAUAAUGGUGAUAAAAAAAAUGAUGAUAAAGACAAAAAAAACAAUAGAAGCAAUAAGGAUCAGGAUAAAGAGCGUAAAAAAAAAAACGAUGUGAAAAAGGGAGCACAAAAAAAUAAUGCUGGUAAUACUGAUAAAGACGGAACCAACAAAGCCAAUGACAGUAAUGACAAUAAAAAUAACGAAAAUGAUGAACAUAAAGAGGACAAAGAAAAUAACGAUAAUAAAGAAAAUAAAGAGGACAAAGAAAAUGACGAGAAUAAAGAAGAUAAAGAAAAUAAAGAGAAAAAGGAAACCAACGGGAACCUUGAAAAUCCUUGUAAAAAAAGAAAGGGCGAAAAGGGGGUAACAAGAAAUAGGAGCAAAGGGAAAAAUCUAAACGACAACCCUGCAAAUAAAACAGAUGAAGCAUGCUCAAUUAAUGUUGAUUCGCCGCUAUUAAAUGUUGAAAAAAAGGAUCCUGUGAAAAGACGAAAGGAAAAUAAAAUAGAUAGAAAAAAUUAUAAUCAGGAAAAAAAUGAAAAAUACUCAUUAAAUAUGCUUAUUGCUGAAAAUGCACAUAAAAUUAUAAAAAAUGGAAGAGUAUAUAAACAAUAUGAACCUUGUCAUCAUCAUCAAACACAUAACAAUUUCAUGCUAAAAGAAUUGUUGUGGAUGAGUAUUGAUUUUUAUGAAGAAAAAAGGUGGAAAAAAAACGUAUCAAAAAGAUUUAGUUAUCUUACAAAUACAAAUUUUUCUGAAAAACAAAAAAAUGAUAAACAUUUUAUAUCUUCUCAAAUAUCAAACGAUAUAAAAAUGUUUUGGUUUUUUGUAUUAAAUGAAAUAAGGCCUGAUUUAGUUCCAAUAGAUUUAGAUCAUAAAGUUAAAAAUAAAAAUGGUAUAAAAAAGGACCUUUUUCGUAUUAUUAAAAAAAAUAUGGAGUCUGAAGAGUGUAAUUUUAAAAAUAUAACAAACUGCAUCAAUUUAAAUACUAACCAGGACGAACUAAAUAGUGAACAGUUCGGAAUUGUUAGUAAAGGGGAACGAAAAAACGACGAAAACGGUAAAAAAGAUGAAGAUAAAAAUGAAAAUAACAACCAAUUUGUAAAUUCUGAAAACGAAGAUACAACGCCCCAAAAAACGAAUUCUGGUAUAUUCAACAGAAUAUUUUCUUUGGGGAUAUUAAAUAAAAAAAAUAUGACUCCCAGUCAAACAACACCAAAAAAUGAUAGUAAUUCAAAUGAUUUAAACCUUUUGCCAAAGGGUGACAAUAAUAUAUUUGACGAAGAUUGUCAAAACUUUGGCAGUAAUGGUAAUAAUGAAUUUGAAUACGGAUUAAAAUCUUAUGAAGAAUGCUUAGCAAAAUUAGAGAAUAAUGUGAAUCAGCAAAUGCUGAAUAAGUAUGAAUAUAAUAGUGAAAUUUGGUGUAAUAAUUCAAAAGAUUGUAAUAAAAUAAAUGAAAUCAGUUAUAAAAAUACAUUUUAUUACAAUGAAGAAUAUAGUGAUUACUAUGACAAUAAUAAUGAUAUAAAAUAUAAUGAAGGAUAUAAUGGUGCAUAUAAUAAUUAUAGAUAUUAUAAUAAUCAUUUGGGAAAUAAUAGUUAUUGUAACGAUUGUAAUUAUCUCGAUUUAAGUGAUCGAUUAUACAUUUAUUGCUUGCUUUUUAUGAGUAUUUCUCUAAUUGAAAUUAAAGAAAAUAUAUUUCAUAACAUUGAUAAUAUUUUAAAUGAAGAUAAAGUAACAAUAUUAGACGAGGAAGAUAAUACAGAUAUUUCGAAGGCAGCAUAUUCAAAAGCAUACCCCAAAGAUAGUUUGGCAAAUGAAGAACAACAUACUAUAGCAGGGGAAGAUAAUGCCAAAAAUGGAGAUAUCGAUCAAAGUAAUAAUAAUGAUAAAAAUAAUAAUUACAUGUGUAAUGAAGGAAUGGAAAAACAUGAAGACAAUAUUAAUUGGGAUGGAAAAGAUAAAAUGAGUAUUGAAUGCAAAGAAAAGGAGAAUAAUGCUAAUGAGGGUAAUGAUGGAAAUGGUGAAAAUAUUAAUCAGUCAUGUGAAGUCGUAGAAAAAAUAAAUGAAAAUAAAAUUUUAAAAAUGAUAAAAAAAGAAAGCAAACUCAGCAUAGAACGUUAUAGUGAUAAGGCAUAUAAAGAAUAUAAAAUUAAUCAAAAUGAAUAUCAUAAAAACGAUAAUAUUUAUGAUAAUGCAAAUGAUGAAGAUUAUAAAUCGAAUAUAAAUUAUAGCAAUAAUAAGAGUAACAAUAUGUUACCAUUUAUACCCGCGCUAAGUAAUAUGGAUGUAAAAGAAUUAAUAGUAAUUCCGUAUUCAUUACCACAUGAUAAGAUAAUGAAUAAAGAAACAAAAUAUAGUUUAGAAUCAGAAAAAAAAAUGUAUGAAUGGAUUAAUGAAAUAAAAGAAAGAAAUUUAAAUAUAUAUAUGAACAAUAUGGAAUCAUAUGGAGGUAAAUCUUAUCCUUUUGAAUUUCAUAAUAUAGAUAAUUAUUAUAAUGAUAUUAAUUUACCAUUGACAAAAUUAACUGAAUAUGAUGAAUAUACAUUUUUCUUGUAUUUAUUCUAUAUAAAAAAUUCGCCAUAUAUAUUAAAAAAACAAAUCCAAAAAGAUAAAAAAAAACGGAAACGUGAUUUAUCCGAUAUUACCCCACCAAAAAAAAGAGCUACUAGACGUAAGCUAAACAAAGAAACCGGUGAAAAAGAAAUUGAAAUAGCCCGAGAAUCUGAAAAGGUUUCAAAUAUUACAGAAGAAGUUGAUUCAAAGGGAAUAUCCGAAAUAAAUUUAUUACAAACAAAUAAUAAUUCAAUACUAAUAAAGAGGGAAGAAAAUAAAAACAUUUAUAAUAAUAAAUUAACUAAUAAAAAUGUAGGUGAAAUCAAAAAAGAAGAAUCUCAAUUUUCUAAAGAUCAUACUGAAAAGGAAAUAAAAUUAUGGAAAGAAAGAAAACUAGAAUGGACACAUGAUGAAAUUAAUUUUCUAUUAAUUUUGGCAAAUACUUAUAUAAAUUAUAUAAAUAUCGACACGAUACCACAGUUAAUGGAUAAUAAAGGGGCACAUAUUAUUACUAACAGUAAUAAUAAUCAGAAUAAAUUUGAUAAUGCGGAAAAUAAUAAUAUAACAAUAAAGAACAAUAUUGAAGUGGCAUGCUCAACGGCCGCGAUAGAAACCGUUCAAAAAGAAAAUAAACCCUUAACUAAUGAAAAUGAUGCAAAUAAAUUAAGCAACAUCAGCACUGAAACACAAAGUGAAUCCAAACCAGACAACUUGGAAAAUUCGCAAAACAUUAAAAUGAAUAAUUUGAAUUAUUCUAUUUUAUCUACCGAAGGAAAUUUGGAUAAUACAAAUAUGUCAACUCCCCAUUUUAAAAAAAAUAAUGAGAGUGAUAAAACGAUUGACGAUGUAAAUUAUGUUUAUUAUAUUAAUUGGAAAAUAAUAUCAUUGGCAUUAACAUCAUAUAAUAAAAUAAAUAACAUUUGUGAAAUAACAAAAAGUGCUGAAGAAUGCCGAGAUAAGUUUUUAUCUUUGACAAAAGAUAAUAAAUAUAAAAAUUAUAAUAUAUAUAAUUUACACGAAAAUAAUUAUAUUAAUUCAAAAAAUAAUAUAGAUAUCAAAAAAGGUUCAAGAAAAUUAAAAUUUUUAUCCAUAUUCUCAACUACACGAACUAACACGUUGAUCGAAGCUUUUAAUAAAUAUAUGAAUAAAAAAAUUGAAAAAUACAAAUUAAGAAAAAUGACUCGUAUCGAAAAAAAAAUGGAACAUGAGCAAGAAGUUCUAAGGAGUAAAGAUGAAACAUUAAAUGGAGAUAAAUCAACUGAUCAAACGAAUUAUAUAAUAAAGACUACCGAUUUAGGAAAUGGUAUGUACUGUGAUGAAAGUGAGCAAAAUGAACUAUCGAAUAAUACAUUAACAGAAGAAAUGACGCAAUCAAAUUAUAAACAAACUAGUAUUUCGAGCAAUAAUAGUAGUAAAAAUGAUAGUAUGAGGAGUAAUAUGCAAAAUGAAAUUUCUGAAACAUUAAAGGAUGGGUCCUUUUUUAAUGAUAUAAGUUUAGAUACAAGUAUGAAUAAAAAAGAAGAUUUUAUAAAUAAUUUAUUCAAAGAUAUUUCUGUGAAUAAUUAUGAAACAUCUGAAGACGAUGCAGAAUGCGGUGAGGAUAGUUUUUUUAGUUAUAGUGAUGUUGGUUAUUGUUCAUCUGGGGAAUUAGGUAAUAAUAAAUCGCCCAUAAAAUUGGAAAAUAUGACAAAUAUACUAGAUAAUUUAGACAAUGUGGAAAAAGUCAAAAUUGAAAAUAAAAAUCUUAAAGUAAAAAAAGAAAUGCAUGACGAUAUUACAGAAGGAAGAAACGAAAAUAAUGAUAAUGGUGAGUUUUUGGAUGGAGACGAGAAAAAAAUAUAUAAUAAUACAAAUGAUGGUGAAAUUGAAAACAAUAUAAAUGAUAAUAAACCUAAUUGUUUCUUAGAAGUUACAAAUGACUCAAAGACUAAUAUAAAGAAAGAUUCAGGAAUUGCAUCAAAUAAAAUAGCUGAUAAUUAUGAUGAUAUGGAAAUGCAAACUACCGAAAGUGACAAUUAUCAUGCAAACAGUAAUAAAAUGGUUAAUGGCGUAAAAUCUGAAAUAUAUAAAAAUGAUAUACAUCCAAAUAAUUCUGAAAGUAAUAAUAGAUGUGAAAAUAGUUCUUAUAAAAGUUGGAAAUAUUCAUCCAAUUUCACAGGCUCAGUGACCGAAUUAAUUUGUUACGACAAAAUAAAAAAGCUUUUGAAUGCUAUAUGUAAGAAUAAAAAGAAUGUGAACGAGUUUAUAUCAUUACUAAAAAAUGAGUAUAUUAUAAAAAAUCCAUAUUUUUUAAAAGUAAUACAAGUUUUUAUAAAUAAUGUUAAACCAGUUAUUGGCUAUUAUGACAACAUGAUAGAUACAGUAAAUGGGAAAUAUGAAUACAUAUAUUCGAAUAAAGAAUAUUUAAAAGAUUUGUGUAAAAAUAAAAUAGAUAAAGAAUUUGUUAAAUUUAUAAGAAAAAUAAUAGAGCAUGAUAAAAAACAAAAAAAUAAAUAUAUUGAAAAAAUUGCCAAAACAAUUCCAUAUCAAAACAAUGUUAACUCUAAUGAAUUAAUUAUACAUUCUCCUGGUAAUUCAUAUAAUACUGUUAAGAAUUUAUCAACAAAAAUUAUUAAUUAUGUUCCAUAUGUGGAUGAUAAAAAAAAAGGAAACAUUAAACAAAUGAGCAAACGAUUCAAUAGUAAAAAUUUAGUAUCACAAAUAUUAUUAGCUGAUUAUAUUGUAGAUAAAUUAAAAACUUUUCCGAUUAAUGAUUCAACAUCUACUUAUAAUAAUAAAACUGUUGACGAGUUAAUAUCAGAAUUUCACUUAAAGGCAUAUACAGAAUAUAUUAAUGAUAAUUUUAACGAAAACAAUUAUGUAUCUAAAUUAGAAAAAUCAUAUAUCGAUGACCCUUCGACAGAAAUAAAUGAUGAAUCGUCCAUUAAUACAAAUUUAAUUGGCAAAAAUAAAAAUGUAUCGGAUGCUACGAAAAAUAAUGAAAAUGAAUUAGAAGGAAAAUUCGAGAUAAGCAAGAAGUUUUCCGAAAACUUUGGGCACCCAUCAUCACAUGAUCAAACUUCUAUGAAGGAAAAUUCUUUAUAUAACAAAAUAAUAGGAGAUAAAACUGAGAAUAAUUUCAACAUAUUGUCCAUGCUUGGUAAUAAUACUUCAAAUAAUAAGUUUUCCAAUAAUGAUACUAAUUCGACUAUUGAGAAUGUCCAUGAGCACGUAGCAAAUGCUAAUUUGUUUGUAAAUUACGAGAAAAAUAUCGAGAUGAAUGAAAAAACUAGUAAUAAUAUGACUUUUGGAAUAUUAGAUAAUAAUACCAAUCUAAAUUCUGAUAGUAUAAUUAAUAAUCAUAUACCAAAUGAAAAUAAUCAAGGAUUAAAAAAGUUAAAAAAAUUAAACUCUGAACCUUCAAUGAAUUCUUACGACGAUAAAACAAUUGAUUUGGGAAACUAUACGAAGCAAAUAAAGAAUUCUUCAAAAACACAACCGAUACGAAAAAGCACUGGAACAACUAAUAAAAUAACGAAAUAUAAAACGUCAACAAAUCUGUGUAAUUAUUCAAAUAAUAAGGGACGAAAAAAUAAUAAUAGUAGUAAUAUUGAUAACAACAUUAUAUUGAAUUGUGCGCAAAAUAUAAAAUGGCCACCAUCAAAUAAAUUAGAAGGGGCGGCAAAUCUAGCAAAUAGCACCAACAACGAUGAUUAUAAUAAUUUUUAUAAAGAAGGUACUCCCGUUUUUGAACAAUCGCUCAUUUCACAUGAAGAAUCAAAUAAUAAGCAACAUAUGUAUAACGAAAAAAUAAAUGUAAUAAGAAAAAACCAAAAAGCAUCAAAUAAUAAAUGUAAUAUUUCUAUUAAAAAUGUAACAAAUGAAAGUUUAAACAAAUAUCCAUCUAAUCAAGCAUAUUAUCAAAUUAAAAAUGUUCAUGAUAAUUAUUUUAAUGAUAAUAAUCAAACACCAAUGAAAUUGAAUACGCAUAUACCUAGCACUGAUAUAAAUGCCAGUCCAUCUUCAGCAAUAAUGUAUGAGCAUAUAAAAGGUUCAGAUAUUCCUGAUAUAGCAAAUAGAGCAGAUUUAUUAUGCAAUGGGUCUCAGCCUGGAAAUAAUGUAUCUUUAAGUAUAAUAAAUAGCAACUCAAGUAACAGCAACGGAAUUAAUAACACCAUUGGCUUGAAUGGUAGUAGUCACCAUAACAACAUAGGAGGAGUGAUUAUUGGGGGUAUGAAUUCAAGUAAUAACAACCAUAUAAUAAAUAACUUUCCCCAUAAAAGUAGCGAAGAAGGUGAUAAAUUUGUUCCAUUUUCUUAUGGAGCUUUACAAAAUAAUAAGUAUGUUUCUCCAAGCCAAGGGAAUAAUCAACUAUAUUAUAAUAAAGCACCUAUAUAUGAGUCAUCAGAUAUAGCUUCAAAUAAAAUUGGAGGAAAUAAUACAAUGAAUAGUUGUAAUUCUAGAUCUGCAGAUAUUUCAUCGAAUUAUUUAAAUUCACGACUUAUACAUUCGUUAAGCAAUAGUAAUAAUAUUAAUAAUGUUAAUUUAAAUGCUGAUAAAAAUGGAUAUCCUGCCAAUAUGAGAAAUCACAUCGGAAUAUCAAGACGCUCAUCAACAUCAGUAUUACAUUCAGGAACAAAUGAAAAUAACGAAAAUAUGAUUUUUAUGAGAUCAAGAUCACCUAGUAAUUAUCCUUCACCAUAUAAUCCUAAUAAGGGAAUAAUGCAUGAUAAUGAUAGUCCCAAAUCUUAUUAUGAUUCACAAAAAUUGCACCAACAGAUGCAACAGCAAACACAGCAACCUGCGCAGCAACAAUCCCAAGUAAGCAAUACAGAUAUAGUAAAUAAUAUGGCCAUGAAUAUUAAUAAUGGUGUAGCAAAUAACAAGGAGGAAUCGAAUAAUGAUCCCUCUAAUCUUUCUGAGGCAAAAAACAAAAAUGUUAUGUAUCAUAAUUAUCCAUUGAAUAAAUAUCCAAGCAAUAAUGUAAAAAAAUUAAGCCAAAUUAAUAAUCAAAAUGGUUCAAAUAUUCAACCUGGUUAUCACAAUAUAAAUUAUGAUCAAAUAAAUAAUAAUUAUAUACCUCAGAAUCUAAUGAAAAAUCAUAAUGAAUUAGUAUCUUCAAAUAAUGAUAAAACAAAAAUGGCUUAUUAUCCUACUCAUCCUAUUCCUAAUUAUGCAAACAUAAAUAAUGUACCAUUCGAAAAUUUAGAUAAACACCAUAUUGCUUUCCCAAAUGACUCUUUUAAUAGAAAUAUAAAUUAUCUCAAUCAAAUGAAUCUAGCAAAAAUGGAUGCUAUGUCAGAAAAAGAAAAUAUGAGUACGGGUGUAAAAAUAAAUGGAGAAAAAACACAACAUGCACAACAAUUGAUAAAAAAUAAUACCCAGCAUAAUGAUAUACAUAAUCCUAUCAUAGAAAAUAAUUUAGGGAAAUCAAAUUACCCAGUUAAUAUGAUUAACGGUGGUUCAGUAAGUAGCUUAAGUAAUGCCAUUAUUGAUGGAACUCCAAAGAAUGAUACUAAUGCUGAUACUAAUAAUCAUCAUAACUUAUCCCCUAUACCAUCAAAUUCCAUGCAACAAUCACAAAUUAAUAUCGAUCAAAAUAACAAUUAUAUACCUAAUGGGCAUGAAAGAGAUCCAGCAAGCCGUAUGCAAUUUACCACUAAGGGAUCUGCUAUCCCAGUUACAAAUCAACAAAAUAUUAAUAUAAAUAAUCAAGGUAUUAAAUAUAAUGAUGUGAAUUCACAGAAUAUAAAUCAACCAAGUAAUUUAAAUUCAUAUAUUAACCAAGUUAAUUUUAUUGUUCAAGUAUUAAAUAAGAAAAAGGCUAAUCAAAAAGAUAAUAUACCACCUAAUAUAAAUCAGCAAAAUAUGGGGAAAUAUAAUGUAGAUCAGGCAGUUGCUAAUAAUUUAAAUUUGAAGCAAGGUAAUUUUGCGAAUCCGAACUUAAGCCAGCCACAUAAUAAUAAUAAUGUUAUACAAAAUGGAAAUAAUAAUAAUAACAGUAAUAUGGGAUUAUCUGCUUAUCACACACCAUCAAAUAUAAAUUUGCAAAACAUAAAAUCGCCAAUAAAUGAUAGUAGUAUACCAACUAUGCUCAAUAUGGGUAUGAGAAAUAGUAUAUCUAAAAAUAUUAUGCCAAAUAUUCCUUCAAAUAAUGUAUUCGCUGCUAAAGAUGUGAUUCAACAGAAAAUACUACAGCAACAACAACAACAUAAAAUGCAACAAGAAUUAAUUCAUAAACCUCAUAAUGAUAAAGAUAGUCCAGUAAAUCCACAGAUACAAUUUUCUGAAGAACAAAUGCAGCACCAAAAAUUACUGCAAAAAAUGAAACAAGAACAAUUGCAAAAACCGUUACAACAAAUUCAUCCCCAUCAAAUUCAAGCACACAACAUGAAUUCGCAGCAGCAGAUGCCUAUUCACCCAAUGCAACAAAAAAUGCAAGCUCUACAAAUACAAUCUCUUCUAAAAGCACAGCAAAUGAAAAAACAAUUACAUCCAAGCCAAUUGCAGCAACAGCAGUUGCAGAAUCAGCAAAUACAACAAAAAUUACACCCACAGCAAAUUCAUCCACAACAAUUGCGCUCACCACAACUACCUCAACAACAGCUAACACUACAACAAAUGCAACAAAUGCAGCAACUGAAAAUGCAUAAUAUGCAACUCCAGAACCAUGAAAUGAAGAAACAUAUGGAGCAGUUGCAAAAAAAAAUGCCAUAUAAUCAACAAAAACUACAUCAAAUAUAUAAUUUGCAACAAAAUAUUAUAAGUAAUGAUGAAAAAAAUGAUAAAAAUAAUAUGCAUCGCCAAAUUAGUAUGGGUAUAAACCCCCAAAUUCAAAAUAUGCAUAUGCUACAAGCAAAAAAUAACGAUGAAUUAAUUUCAAAGGAAAGUUUAAAUAAUAAUUUAAAUGAAAAUCCAUUAUAUGCAGUAAAUCGAAAAUUUUCAAAUAAUCUAAAUAAAUUUAAAAAUCCUGAUAAUUUUUUUCCUCAAAAUUCCUUUCACUCAACUCCAUCAUCAAAUAAAAUGGAUGUAAAAGAUAUUAGAAAUAUAGGAAAUAAAACAAUAAUUGAAAAUAACAUUGUAUUAAACCCUUCUCAGAAAAGAACAGAUAUUCCUAAUAAUAAUAUUAACCUUAACAUUUUACCUAUUAAUAUGGCAUCAUAUAAUUCUCAAAAUAUGCAAUCCAAAAUAAACAUUAAUAAGAAUAAUAGCAAUUCACAAGAAAAUAAUAAUUGUUGA